GUUUUUUUUCCCUCUCCCUCAAAUAAGCCACUUUUAAUUGCAUGUAAUUAAAUUAUUCAGUUUUGUUAUUUAGAAUUUACAUAUGAUCACUUGCAGUAGUAUUUCCAAUGACACAUCUUUAUGAUUCGGUACCUGACAAUUUGUCAACUGAAAUUUAUUCUUUUUCAGAGAACGUUUGCUACCGGAAGUCAGGUAACAGAGGUAUUCGUUCCAUGCGCUAUUACGAUAGCGCCAUUUUUGAAAUAUUGCUUUUGUGUAAAAUAAACCUUUCCGGAGGUAAAGCAACCAGCGGUGAUAAUAAAACAAAUCAGGAUGUGUUACGAUUAAUCACUAGUUACAUACGUGAUGGAUAUGCGAUACGUAAAAUUGAAGCGUUCAACGAUCGGAUUUAUCUUACUCGAUAUCGACGCAAUUAUUGGCUGGGAACAAAAUAUUACUAUAUGGAUAAUUUUAACUAUUUACCAACAAGAGACAGCUGUUUGUAUCGUAUGGAUUCAAAUGAACGAAAGAAUUUGGAAUACGUAGAUGGAACUCCCAUAUAUGAUAUUAUUUAUCAAUGUCAACGAUAUGUUCAGUAUUGCUGCGGGUUAACCUGUUGUUUGGAUGAAUUCAGUAAAGAUUUCCAUUCAUCGUCCCUUUAUAAUGAAAUUCUCAGUCCACGGAAUACAUCGCCAACUUUUCAAUCUCGACUACCUAUCUUUUCUUGUUUGAUUCUUGCACUUUUUCACUUGCAUAUUUGA